CAAUCGUAAAUGCAAUAUGUAUACUAUUUUUCGUAUACGAUGUUUGACGAUAUACUAUCGUGUUAUUUGACUCAUAAUGUGAAAUUAUUUGAGGAGUCCAAACGAAGCCAAAAUGAAGUUAAGAAUUGUAUCAGUUCAAGUGUAUUUAGAUGAGAACAAAAUAAUAUUCUUAUCAAUGUUAGAAGAAGAUACUAGUUGAUAUAACCUAGACUAUGUUUUUGAUUAUAUUCAACUCCUUUUCUCACGUACAAAAAGAAAUAAUACUGAUGUGUCUCUGCUCUACCUGAUUUUAUAGCUAUAGGAUCAAAUUCGUAGACGACACAUGCAUCGACGUAAGAAAUAAAUAGUAAAUAGUAAUAAUUUUAUUUUUUUCACCGUUACGACUUGCAUCUUGCAUUGUUACGAUCUUGCGUUGAGCAGGAUAGUCGACUCUGAUUGGUAGAUUUAUUAACGUAGAAGCCGGAGAGGAAUAAGUUUAUUGGUUAACGUGAUGUCAUUAUUUCGAAGUAAAGCGUUUCGCUAUGGUCUUCCAUUCUUAAUUUUAGUCGUUGGUGGAUCGUUCGGACUCAAAGAGUUUACACAAAUAAGAUAUAUAUACAGACAGCGAAAUGCUUAUUACAAUGAAGCAAAAGAAGUAGGUGUUAAAGUAAAAAAACCAGGAGAAGUUACUUUAGAAUCUGAAUUUGAAACAAUUAAACAGCUGGAUAUCAAUAACUGGAAAAAUGUAAGAAUACCAAGACCUUGGGAGGAAUAGAUAUAAAAUAAAUUACUUCUUGUAAAAUAUAAAAAAUAGAUGUAUUUAUAUCAUUGCUAUUAAUAUAGAAUUUAAAUAAUGCCUAUAACAGUAA